GGCUCCCGCUCGCCCGGACUAUGAGGAGAGGGGCCGGCCGGGGGGCGGCGGCGGUCCCGGUGCGGCGGGAGCGGGUGCGGGGGAACCGCCGCCACCGGCCGGGUCAUGCCCGUGCGCCCGGGGCGGCGGGGCUGCUGGCUGCGGAGGGAUGGGCGCGCUCCGGACCGGCGCCCGAGCCUUCCUCCUCCUCCUCCUCGGCUGCCUCCCGCCCCGGCGUGGCCCGCUCAGGCUGGUCUCAGGGAGGGAGGAGAUCAAAUCCCACUCCCGCAGUGCAUCCCAGCCCAUGUCACCCUCUGAUUUCCUGGACAAGCUCAUGGGACGAACGUCAGGGUACGAUGCCCGGAUCCGACCCAACUUCAAAGGUCCACCCGUCAACGUGACGUGCAACAUCUUCAUCAACAGCUUCGGCUCCGUCACCGAGACGACCAUGGAUUACCGUGUGAACGUCUUCCUGCGGCAGCAGUGGAACGACCCCCGGCUGGCUUACCGCGAGUACCCCGAUGACUCGCUCGACCUCGACCCCUCCAUGCUCGACUCCAUCUGGAAGCCAGAUUUGUUCUUUGCCAAUGAGAAAGGGGCCAACUUCCACGAGGUCACCACCGACAACAAACUGCUGCGCAUCUUCAAGAACGGCAACGUGCUCUACAGCAUCAGGCUGACGCUGAUCCUUUCCUGCCCCAUGGAUCUCAAGAACUUCCCCAUGGACAUCCAGACGUGCACGAUGCAGCUGGAGAGUUUUGGCUACACCAUGAACGACCUCAUCUUUGAGUGGCUGGAGGAGCAGGAGGCUGUGCAGGUGGCAGAGGGCCUGACGCUGCCGCAGUUCAUCCUCAGGGACGAGAAGGACCUGGGUUACUGCACCAAGUACUACAACACAGGCAAGUUCACCUGCAUUGAGGUGAAGUUCCACUUGGAGAGGCAGAUGGGCUAUUACCUGAUCCAGAUGUACAUCCCCAGCCUGCUCAUCGUCAUCCUCUCCUGGGUGUCCUUCUGGAUCAACAUGGAUGCAGCACCAGCGCGGGUGGGCUUGGGCAUCACCACUGUGCUCACCAUGACUACUCAGAGCGCCGGCUCCCGUGCCUCUCUGCCCAAGGUCUCCUACGUGAAGGCCAUUGACAUCUGGAUGGCCGUCUGUCUGCUCUUUGUCUUUGCUGCUCUGCUGGAAUACGCCGCUGUCAACUUCGUCUCUCGGCAGCACAAGGAGUUCAUGCGCCUGCGGCGGCGGCAGCGCAGGCAGAGGAUGGGCCUGAGCAGCGGGACGGCCAGCCUGGAGUCCCUGGGGCAGUCGAGCAGCCUGCACAGCGGCGAGCACACCUACGCGACGCUCUCGCAGCUCUCCAGCUCCAGGGAGGAAGAGCUCAUCCGUGAGAGCCGCUUCUACUUCCGAGGCUACGGGCUGGGCCACUGCCUGCAGGCAAAGGAUGGGGCUGGGGAGGGUCCUGGAAUCUACAGCCCCCCCCCAGCCAGUGCACUGCUGCGGGAAGGGGAGACCCUGCGCAGGCGUUACGUCGACCGUGCCAAGCGCAUCGACACCAUCUCCCGAGCCGUCUUCCCCUUCACCUUCCUGGUCUUCAAUAUCUUCUAUUGGGUUGUCUACAAAGUGCUGCGCUCAGAGGACAUCCACCCGGUGCCCUGAGGCCCCCAAAAGGCCCAAGGACCUCUUGGCUGGAUGCUGCCAUGUGCCUGGAGGCUGUGAGCGGGUGUCAGACUGCUGUGUCACCGAGCCACAGACAGCAGUGAGCUGGGCAAGGGGCUGUGCUCCUCUCCCCCUGCACAGCCCACAGCUCUGUGGUGGGAGAUGGUGGGCAGCCCCAGCCUUGCUGACCCCAUCCCCUGACUUCUCCCUCGGCCCCAGGCUGUCCCUGGGUGGGCUCACGCCAUCUGCUCUUCCACCAGAGAGGAGAGCAUCCGAACCCUCGAUUUAAAAACUCAGCAAGGCUUCCAGACCUCCAGACCUGGAUAUCCUCCAUGCUUAGCAGGAAAUAAAAGCAGUAGGUGAUGCUGACGUAGGUCCUACAGAGAGAAACGUGUUGAUGCUCUCCUUUCCCCCACUCACAGCAAGCCCCAGGUGGGGCACAUAUCUUUGACGGGGUACUUUGCUGCAGCCCCACAAGUUCUGUGGGCAGGAUGGAGAUGGGAUUUGCCCCUUUUCUCAGCAGCCUUGGGAACACCAUGGCACAGCAAAGUGCCAGGCACCAUGGCAAGGGACACAGACAAAGGGCAGCGCAGUCCGGGCAGAUAUCCCACCCUCAGCCCCAGCUUCCCUCCCUGCUCCUCAAGCAGGAAUUGCCCUCUCCUUCUCUUCAGUAACCAGGAGCCCCCAGCACCCACUUUCUCAGCUCCUGCUGAGCCACACGCACUCAUUUCACAGAUGAGGCAAGCAUCCCCAUGAUCCCCAAGAGAAAAAGCAUCCAGAGGAGACACCAGGGCUCCACCAGGAUGGGUGAAGAUGGUUCCAUCCCAUUGCCACUGCCACUGUACUGUCCCAGGAACAGCCUUGAGAGAUUAGUUUUUUUGGGGAAGCCCAUUUGGACACACAGGUCUCCACUGCCCACCCACAGACCCAAACAGAGAGGUGCUGGCACCUGCAAGCACACGGUGGCCGACCAAACCUCCAGCAAAGGUGGGAUUUUAAAAAGCAUUGAUCUUCCUACACAAAUAAAGUCUGUCUGGGAUUUUCAGCGGCGUGUUGGGGGUUU